ACAAAAUGGCGAACGUGGUAUUCGAUACGUUGCCCACUUUCUUGGCAAUUUUAUUGUGUUUCUUCUUUGCUGUUUUAUAUGUUGGAAGUCUAUAUGUUUGGGGUGCAACGAUAAAGGACAAAAGCAGAGAUCAUCCUGAUGUCAUAAAAAGAAGAUUCUUGAGUGUUGCGUCUGUCUGUGCCAUUGCUCCAGUCCUCCUGUGGACUGUUGCUUCCCCUUCUGAUAAAGUUCAUGCGAAUACUUUGCUGGAGUGGCUUGGAAUUCGUUUCUGGGGCUUUAUUCCAGCAUGCAUAGUUCCUUUGUUCUUGACAAUGGUGUUGUUCCUAGGGCCACUUUCUCUUCACUACUUGGAUGGGGUGUUCAGCCUCUACUUAGAAUCAAAAUACUGGACAAAUUCUGUUAAAAACUAUGUGUGGCUCAGGAAUCACAUUGUGGCUCCUUUGUCAGAAGAGUUUAUAUUUCGGGCGUGUAUGCUGCCUGUCUUGUUACCGAGACUUGGAGAAGGCUGGUCUAUUUUGCUGUGCCCUUUGUUUUUUGGAGUUGCACAUUUCCAUCACAUGAUAGAGAAAGUUGUACAUUCACAGCAAGAUGUAUCUGAAGCUUUCAAGCAGUCGUUGUUUCAGCUGGGAUACACAACAGUGUUUGGAGCUUACUCUGCUUUCUUGUUCUUGAGAACUGGCCAUUUAAUGGCGCCCGUCAUCGCUCAUGCUUUCUGCAACCACAUGGGCUUCCCAUCCUUUGGUGAGGUGAUGGGCUACCCAAGCCCGACUCGGCACCGCUUGAUUGCGCUGUUUGUGCUGGGCCUUGUCUCCUGGCUGCUACUCUUGUACCCACUGACGAGCCCCUUGUUGUAUUCCAAUGAUGUGUAUGUGUUAUGAGCUGAUUACACCGAGUUUGUCCCAAGACUUUGUUACUUUUUAAGACAGGGAUUUGGUUGGAUCACGUCUUGUUUUCUUUAAAGAUGAAGUAGAUUUUUGUGUGGAGAUUGAAGUGUGAACUGUACUUAAGUUUCAAGUUUGUAGAUCAAAAAUUUGUUUUCUUAUAUAUUAUGUUUUAUUUUAGCAUUUAGAUAAUAAGAUUUUAAAGGGAUAUUUGCAAUUAUUGAUAUUCAUUGUGUUUUAUUGUAGCAUCUAGCUCAUUAGGUUUUAAAAGGGUAUUCGCCGUUAUUUUGGCAAAGGUUUUUGUAAUGGGAGUUUGUGAAUUUUUAUUUUAUUAUUUUUUUUCUAACUUUAUUUUGGGGUUUAGUUAGAGUUGUUUGUUGGGGGUUGGCGUGUUUUUUGGCUCAUUGUUUUGUCAUCUCAAGAUUGAAAUUGUAAGAGUGGAUUUUUGGAUUGUGUGGGAGUUUAUUUGUUUUGUAUUGUUGGAUUUUUAAGGCAACCAACUGUAAAAAAAAAACUCUCUUCUCUUCACAACUGUAUGAUGGUGCAUUAACUUAUGCAUAAUCUUUUAUAUUUUGGGGUUCUCUCAUUGACAGUGAGACCAGUGGACAUGACCAUACCAUGUACAUAUUGUCUAGUUCUAUACAGCUGUACCAGUUUUUAUAACUGGUUAUUUAAUCACUCUGCUCUAGUCAUGUGAUUUCUUUUAUUUCCAUUGUAUAUGCAUUUGUAUGUUCUAGGAAAUUGUUUGUGUAUGACAAUGUGAUUAAAAGAGGUAUGGGCUCUAGGGAGAAUGAUAAUUUGAUAGGGAUGGAGGUGUGUUAAAGAACAGAUUUUCAGAGAUGAGCGUCGCUAGCUUAAUAUUUGAAAUUUUAAGAAGUGCAGAAAUUAGCCACAAGAGCUCAAACCUCAUAAGAGACUGAAAAUAAAUAUGGGAAUUCUAAAGGGAGCAAGGUGUGCUCAGGCUUUUACUAAGUUUAGGUUUUGAAAUUUGUACAUACAUCUUACUCCCUCAGCUGAAUAUAAAUGUUUUGCAUGUUUGGUCUAUUUUGGUUAUGAUUAAAUAACCUAUGCUGUUCUUUCUCUAAACUGUUUGUUCAUUUAUUUAAAGCUCUUUUGUGUCAAGUUAAAUGUAUUCUAGGAUGUAUUGAUUGUUCACUUAAAUUCCUGCAUUGGCAUCUGUGGUGUAGCAGUUAGGGAGAAAAUUUGAAUAGAAUAUCUCAGUUUUUCAGCUGGGAUGCUGUAUCCCUCUUUAUAAAUUGGGGUUGGCCUUGACAGACAUGGUAGGAAGCCUGCCUCCCAAAUGAUCGAAAUUGUGUUUUGGUGAGGGUAUUAAGAGCACUUACACGGAGAGAGAAAAAAGUGGGUGGCCCUGGUUCAUAUUCUGAAUGGGGUGUUCUUGAACUUGAGUUGGUUUGGGAGUUUUCAUGACUUUCAUCCCACAUGGUGCCGCCCGUCAGUGAUGGACAAUAAAUCUGAAUAUCCCCCUCCUUGAUUACAGUUACUGCUUAAAAGGGCGAUAUACCCACACCAUGCAAAACAUGAUCUACUGGUCCUUGAUAUUUCAUGGACCUCAGAAUUUGUAAAUUAAUUGAGUCACAUCUACAAAUGUGUAUGUUCUUUGUACUGGUUCUUGUGAUAGUUCUUUCAUUAGAAUAAUCAAGUUGUCUUUUUAUCGUGCCUUUCAUAAAUAUUGCUCUUUAGCAGUUUAGCGUAAAAGUUCAGUUGAAUGAACAGAUGCAUGUUCUAGUUAAAAAGUUCAGUUUUGCUGAAUGCUAAAAUAUUUUUGUUACAGUGCAGUGAAAUCAGGCUAUCGUCAGAUUUUGGGCAUUUAUAUAAUUAUUGGUGUUUUCUUAAAGCUUUUUCAUUUAUCUAGCUCUAUAUGAAAAAAAUAUCCAUCUAUCUUGAAUGGAAGUUGAGAUACUUGUAAUUCAAGGAGGUGGGGGUCACUUGGUGUCAGGUAAUAUUAGCGGAAAAAUGACUGUCAAAGUUUACUGACUUCCAAAACUUGAGUGCCCUUGGAAAUGACAAAUUUACAUUUUUUUUGUACCUUUAAUAGACAUUUUUCAGUAAAUUCUCGCACUGAAAUGUAUUUAUAAAUGGACAUGUAAGGCGUUGAGCUAAAAAUGAAACAUCAAUAAAAAUUGCCUUACACUAACAGGCACAAAAAGGCUGAUUUCUUUGCUUUCAUUAUUUUGACGAACGCCUGAUUUCACCACAUUAUGACAGAUUUAUUCUUUACUUCAUUGGGUGUCAGCUCAGGGAAUAAUUUGAUCUGACAGAUUUCCAUAGGACUUCCUAAAGUUUUCAGCAGCUUGUGUGUGUGUGUGUGUGUGUGUUUGUGUGUGUGUGUGUGAAUGUGUUGAUUGAGGAAGUGUUUAUUGAAAUAUGUACUAUGGCCAUUAGUCUCUUCCAGUCUGUUUUUAAGGGCCAUUCUUCAUUGAUUAGCUUUUUGUUCUUCUCCUUUCCAUCCUCAGUUUUUAAACUGAAAAGACCUCUCUCAAUGCUCCACAAGUUCAUUGAUUGAUUAAGGUCUUUAAGUGAAAUUUGUGAAAAAGAUAGUACACUACUGUUAUUUCCCUUUCUUAAGCAACAUUUUUUUUUCCAUUCUGAUUGCAGCUUUCUCUUCAUCAUAGCUUAUUUAAAGAAUUGUAAACAUUGACGAAUAAAAAUGUUUCCUUCCUUUUGUAAGUCUGUAAACAUUGACAAAUAAAAAUGUUUCCUUCCUUU